UUUAACAAAUGGCCAUUUCUUAUACCCAGCAACAAGAAGCCUGUUAAUUGUUCACAGUUCAUUCCAUGAUACAUGUACUAGCAGGAAAUAGCGUGCUCUUGUGAACAUGGUGAUCAGAGCUCUGUAGGAUUGUUGUAAGCAUUCUGUGGCUUUUUUAUUAUGCGCACACACACAUGGGUGUGGGGACCUGUGUCUGUGUACUGUGCGUGCAUCUGGACACUCCCCCAUGGUUCACACGUGUCAUCUGGUAAUUUGUUUUAUCUCUGGAUCCUGGACCAGGAUGUUUCUUUUUUGAUUUACAUUUACAUGUGAGUCAACAUUUCUGAAGCGGUUUCUUUGUUGUUUGCAAGCUGAUAACGACUGGCAGGUAGUCUACGACAUGUAUAUGGACAGUGCUCAUUCCGUCUUUACAGGUGGCUGAAUUUUAAGAGAGAUCAGGUGGUGGUUUUUUUAUUUCAGUUUUUGGGGGGGUUCGCCAUUUUGAUACCAAGGUUUGCUGUGCAUUGUUCUCCGUGCUGUACCGGUACCAUCAACUCUGGUUUUACUGAUGGAAAGAUUCUCUACCCUGCAAAAUCAGCACUUCCUGCGUUGUUUCUCUUGCUGGUAUGAUUGAGAACAGUAAAGGAUGGCUCCACCUUGAUGGGUACUGCUGGCUGAGUGGGAAGGGAAAAAAAAAUCACUGGUCGGAGAUGCAGGUGAUGAUAGUCGGCCAGUGUACAUGUACAUCUGUGAUCAGGGGUCAAGUGGAUGCCUCCUGAAAGGGUGGAACAGAUUGUCUGCAGUUGAACUUUGGGAUACACACUGUGUUGGAGUGAGGUGUACAUACACAGUUCGUCAUUGGGUGUUUCGUCAACUUGGUGAACAAAUAUUACAUUAUGCCAGUGAUGAAUGGAAUGUCAGGAAUAUACUUGGGUGGCAUGAGGCGGAGCAAUAGCCAGAUGGAGUUCCACACCCAGGGGCGGAAGGAUGCCCAGCGAGCUCUCUGGAAGGAACUGGACCGACUCAAGGAAAUUUCCACCCAGAAGGAGAUUGUUGAAAAGGAGUUUGAAGGCUUCAAGGAACUGUUCAGUCGUUUCUUGGCAGAAACUGGACCGUCAGUUCACUGGGAAGAUAUCCAGCCACUCUCUGAUGAUGCUGUAACGUCCUAUGACAAGCUGCAGGAUUACGAUCCAGAGGAGGUCCGCCAACUGUUGGACAAACUGGUGGUAAUCAAGCUAAACGGGGGGCUUGGCACCAGCAUGGGUUGCAAGGGUCCCAAGAGCGUCAUCAGUGUCCGCAAUGACCUCACUUUCCUAGACCUCGCCGUCCAGCAAAUUGAGUAUCUGAACAAGACCUAUGGCAGCAGUGUUCCCUUGGUGUUGAUGAAUUCCUUCAACACUCACGAAGACACCAAAGCCGUGCUGAACUGCUACAGCUCCUGUAAGGUGGACAUCUUCACCUUCAUGCAGAGGAGGUAUCCGAGGAUAAAUAAGGAAACGCUGCUGCCGACCGCCAAGACAUGCUCCAUGGAUGCAGCCAACAUUGAACACUGGUAUCCCCCAGGCCAUGGUGACAUUUACCAGUCAUUCUAUGACUCGGAGCUGCUAGAAUCCUUCCUCAGGCAAGGCAAAGAGUACAUGUUCAUCUCCAACAUUGACAAUCUUGGUGCUACAGUCGACCUCAAAAUUCUGAAUUUGCUGGUGAAGCAGAAGCAGCGAGAAUUUGUAAUGGAAGUGACAGACAAGACGAGGGCAGACAUAAAGGGUGGGACGCUGAUCCAGUAUGAAAACAAAUUGAGGCUACUGGAAAUUGCCCAAGUGCCAAAAGAACAUGUGGACGAGUUCAAGUCCGUUUCCAAGUUCAAGAUUUUCAACACCAACAAUCUAUGGGUCAAGCUGUCCUCCAUAAAGAGACUGAUUGAGGAGAAAAUGUUGGACAUGGAAGUCAUCGUCAACAAUAAGUCUCUGGAAAAUGGAACUAAUGUUAUCCAGCUUGAGACAGCUGUGGGGGCAGCCAUGAAGUGCUUUGAUGGGGCCCUUGGUGUCAAUGUGCCCCGAAGUCGUUUCCUACCAGUCAAGAGGUCAUCCGAUCUCCUGCUGGCCAUGUCCAACCUCUACUCCCUGAAGGCGGGUAGUCUAAUUAUGAGUCCCCUGCGACAGUUCCGGACCACGCCCAUCGUCAAGCUGGGAACCCACUUCGACAAGGUUCGAGAUUUCCUGAAGCGAUUUGAUGGCAUCCCUGACAUGCUGGAGUUAGACCACCUGACAGUGUCUGGAGACGUCACCUUUGGCAAAGGAAUCUCCCUCAAGGGAACAGUCAUCAUUAUUGCUAACCAUGGCGACAGAAUAGACAUCCCACCUGGAGCCAUCUUGGAAAACAAGAUUGUCUCUGGUAACCUCAGGAUCCUGGACCAUUAACCCCUCGUGCCCGUGUAUCCUACUUUACACCCCAAGAGGAGGGUACCAGACUUCUUGUUCAGUGUUUGGUAUUCUUUGGGUUUCUCUUUUUCAGUACAUGAAAGUGAAACAGCUGUGCCACUGAAUAAUAUGGAGUAAGGCAGGCUCAUAUCUGGUGUCAAAACAAAUACCAACAUGAAAUCGAGGCAUGAUUAAAUACUUUUGCUGUGUAUUCACAGAAGUUGAACACAUUCAAUUUGCUGCAGUUUCACAUUUGCCUGAAGUAUGAACCAUCCUGUAGCAAGUUGGUUUCACUGAUCUUCACUGCAGAAAGGAGGACUGGCCUUCAUAUAGCCGGACACUAACUCAAGCAGUAAUGUAUAUGUGUAGCAUUAACUGCUAGUCUUUUUUUUUCUUAGCAUAAAAUUGGCACCUAUAGCCUAAAUUGCUUGAUUGCAGCUGAUUAAAGUGAAUGAAAUCUCCAGCGUUAUGAAGAUGGAAGGGAGUACUGCUCUCUAAACGAAAGUGAUUGUCGCUGGAAUCCAGCUUCAGUGGUACCAUACAGGAUUAUGUCUGCUACGAACAUUUUAGACUUAACCUUUGAUCCGUCUUUAUAAUCAGCAGGUGGCUUUUAAAAUGUUGGCCUCAGUGAUAUGGUAUUUACAACUAAAAGAGAAGUCAAAAGGUUUUCAUGAAAAAUAAAAACACCUGUUUGGAAUGAUUGUGUUUGAAGUACAUCUUGCACAUGCAUGACAUCUGUUUAUCCUAUUCACAAAUUCAGUAUUUUCUGUGCAAAGCAUAAAUAACCACUAACAUAGUUCAUUAAAUUUUGACACCUUUAAAGCCCAACUCCAACGGUCGUGAAAAAAAUGGGGAACACAGUUGAAUAUACUCACGUGGCAUCUAAGUAAUAAGUUAUAUUUGUAAAGGGGCACUGUGACUUCUGAAUAAAUAUUAACAAUGCGAUAAAAAAAAUGGAUCAAUUCUGCUGGUUUUUCAAAAAUUUCCACGUUUAUACUGUUGGUGGCGCUAUGGAGAAAUACUUUUUUCAGUGACCUACUGCCGUGGAAAUGAAAAACAUCAUGACCUCGCAGGACCUGGUUUCCUGGAUAUGUUUUCGUACAAAGGCCAGCACACCUGAGCUGCCAGCCUCGCCUGACACUUUUUUCGGAAUAAAAUAACAAAAUAAAAAACAUUGAAAACAUCUGUCCUUCACUCUGAACUUACCAAGCCAUAUUUAUCAAUUGAUCAUGGUCUCCUUCACCGCCUCGUUCACUAGCAGUGGCCCCAUCAUCAGCCCGAUCGGGAUCCCGUCAGUGCUCCGGGGGCACGAUGGGUUCAAAGGGGUACGGCUCUGCGCCUCGUACUUGGGAGAGUGUAUAACUGUAACUACACACGUUACUAUACUACAUGUAAUUAUGUGCAUUGACCUGACCAUGCCUGCUCAGUGUGUACAUGCACCAGCUGGAGAACUGUUUUCACGGUGCUAAGUCGAUAAAAUCCUGGAAAAGCCGUAUUCAUGAGAUGUAAAUGAAGUGAUGGCGACAUGCUCCUUUCACGAAAGCUAGCCAUGGCGCUUGGCAGAAACGGGUCUCAUAAGUGAUUUUUUUUAAACCAAAAAAUAUUGCUGAAUCCAGGUUUAUGUGGUAUAAAUGUCUAUAAUGGGAUCCAAGUAAACAUACUACGGCCAGAUUUCUUAUUUUUUCCACCGUUGGGCUUGCUCUUUAAACGAAAUAGCAUUUGUUUAAAUCCUUCCUUUGUGCAGAUGUACCUGUUUCCUUCUGUAAACAAGGAACUGAAUGAAUACCUGUGAAAAUACCCAUUGAGCUGUCUUUCCACAUCCGUGUUUCAGUCUUCUCUGUGUCUGUAACAUGAUUAGGCUUAUCACAAAAAGGACUCAACAACAUGUUAUGAAAAUGCAGCGUUCAUUGUCUUUUUUUAAAAGAAGGUUUUUCCUCCUAAUGGAACACUGAAUUUUGUACUGACUCUAAAAGACCAAGGUGCUGGGAUUAUGCUGCAGAGGUAAUAUUUUUAAACUUCCAGGAAAGUGUGUGCAGGACAGUGUGUGUGGACAAAUCAGUAAACCUUAAAAUCCAAUUCACUGCCGAUGGGUUCCUUCCUGAAAUACUCUGAAUUAGUAAAAGUGAAGUUGGAUCCUCCUUAAGGCUUGUCCAUUCAUGACAUGAAGUGUCAUAAAAUUAGGGUAUAUAUUUGCUUGACCGGUCUUAAACAUGUGUUUAAGACUAGCUCAGGAGACCAAACGCUGAUAACGCCCUCGCCAGACCAGCCAAGCUCACAUUUAUUCCCAUUCAUUCAUACCGUUUUUAGUCAGAGAGUCAAAAGAAGGCAAUACAAUGUGUAUGGUGGAUUUCCACGAUUUUGUUUUAAAAUUUUACUUUCAUUUUCCUUGUUUAAGUUGUCCAAAAGAAUCUCCUUUUAUGGACUUGACUCUCAACCAAUCAGAAUCAAUUAUGCUGUCUCGUAUCCAGUUAACAGCACGUGAAAUUCACAGCAGGCAUUAUCAAAUGUUAAGACACAGUCAAGUUGCACCUAGUUGAAUAGGGAGACUGUUUAAGGUAUUUAUGAAUAGUUAUAUUUCUCCCGUGUUUUACUUUUUUUUUGAUGUGCAGUGCACUGGGGUUUAGUAUUAUUUAGAGAGGCAUCUACAUUUUCAGUUUGCAUUUUACAUCAUUAUUUAUUUCUUUGUUCUCCCUAGCCUUUCAUUUUGGGGCUGAGGCUAUUGCUAAAAGAAGAUACAUCUUGUGUCAAGAGACAGGAGGGUAUGCAUGUACCAAAAAAAAUCAUCACUGGGGGGUGUGAUGCAUUAGCAUUGCUGAGUGCAUGUGUAGUGGUCAUUUUUGCCCUUGUAGAGAGUUACGAGGUUGUGCUCGUCCCCUACCCUGCCUUGAGAGAUGAAUAAAGCUGAUUCCCUAAAGUUAAUUGUUCAUUUCAAAGACAGCUUUUCUUGCUUUCCACUUUAGGGAGUGUCUGAAAGCAUUGGAAGUUCCUUUUUUUGCCUGGAAUACUAUUUGGCAAGUUUUAUUUUCCUAACGAGCACGUGCCGGGAGUGUGCCCCUUUAAUACAGCUAGAUUGUGUGCUUGUAUGCCUGCAGGAAAGUGACCAGAUUUCCCAUUUGUUAGCCUUUUGUGAGUUAACUUUGAAUAAAUCUGGCACACAUAGUUCUCUGAUUGCACAUACAUUGUAGAUAUAACAAUUUGGGUACAAUGUUGGUAUACCUCGUGAUUUGGGCAAGCUUUUGCAUGGUGACCACCAUGUCUGGAAUGGACGGGGUCCUUUGUGUCCUUACCAUUGAAAACAGUGUUUUGGUGGAAGGCGUCUGUUAUGUAACCAAGCAAAAGCUUGCCCGAAUCUCAAGGUAUAGCAACAGCGUCUUUAGAAUGGAGAACCAAAUUUUUAUGUCCAUGUGAAUUUAAGGAACUGCAAAUUUAACCCACAAAAGGCUUAUUGGAACAGGUAUUAUGUCCAUUGCAGAUGUUAAAAGGGUUUCCUCAGAUGUGAUUCUAAACACUCCAUACGUUUUUAUUCAUCCCACAUGGAGAGUUAUUUUUGUAUAGCGUAGAAUUAGUUCGGUUCAAGAUUUAACUGUAAGUGUUGAGCGGCAUAUUGGAAACUAUAAAUUUACAUAUCCAAAGAAAAUGCAUAAUAUGUCAGUGUUUUGGGUAUUAAAUGCAUGUCGUAUCUUCCCUUCUGAAUAAAACGACGUAGUCCUAAAAUCUAAAAA